AUGCUUGGGAAAGAAGUUUCAUUCCCCAGCUCCAUUUACAGGCUAAAAGAUCUGCGUACUCUCUGGGUUCAAUGCAAAGGGAACUCAAAGGUCGGAGCUGCACUAUCUAAUUUAUUUGGCAGAUUGACUUGUUUGAGAUCCUUAAACCUGUCCAACUGUAACCUUGCAGAAAUUCCAUCAUCCAUUCGUAAACUCAUCCAUUUGAGACAAAUUGACUUGUCUUACAACAAGGAUUUGAAGGGGUUGCCUGAAGCAUUGUGUGAAUUAUGCAACUUGCAAACCUUGAAUAUGGAUGGCUGUUUCAGCUUAGUAAAAUUGCCACGUGGCGUAGAGAAACUAAUCAACCUGAGGCAUCUGCAUAAUGGAGGUUUCGAAGGAGUUCUGCCUAAAGGAAUCAGUAAAUUAACUUGUCUAAGAUCAUUAAAUCGGUUCAGCAUUGGACAGGACAAUCAAGAAGCAUGUAAUCUUGGAGACCUGAAGAACUUAAACCACCUUCAAGGAUGCGUAUGUAUAAUGAGGUUGGAAAUUGUUGCUGAUGUGGGUGAGGCGAAACAAGUAGAACUCAGAAAAAAGACAGAAGUCACUCGUUUGGAACUGCGGUUUGGCAAGGGGGACGCAGAGUGUAGGAAACAUCAUGAUGAUGAAUUACUGCUAGCCUUAGAGCCAUCUCCAUAUGUGGAAGAGUUAGGAAUAUAUGACUACCAAGGCAGGACAGUGUUUCCUAGUUGGAUGAUUUUCUUAAGUAAUUUCAAGACAGUUAUUCUCACUACUUGCAAAACCUAUGAGCAUUUGCCACCUCUAGGAAAGCUGCCUUUCCUUGAAAAUCUUCGAAUAUGGGGUAUGGACGGAGUCCAAAAGGUUGGUCUUAAGUUCCUAGGAUUAGAAUCUUCCUCAUCUUCAUCAUCAGGUGUUGCAUUCCCAAAACUGAUAAAUCUACGAUUCAUGCGAAUGCGAAAUUGGGAAGUAUGGGCAGAUGAUUUUAUCAAAAUGGGAGAUGAAGAAGAUAGUACUAAAAUAACUAUAAUGCCACAACUUCGCAGUCUGUCAUUCGCGUGGUGCUCCAAGUUGAACUCACUUAAUUAA